AUGGCUCGCUUUUUACAAUCCCUGCGUCGCGCCUUGGGGUUGAUUCCAUCCAAGCCCGUCCCUACGUUUGCAAGGUCGAUCGACACGAACUUUUCUUUCUUUCAAGAGGGCGACAGAGUCAUCGUUCAUGGCAAAACUCCUUCGUUGACAAAGCCUCUGCGCCGAGGGCAGAAGACCGAUGUGCGACGGGGGACACUGGAGCAUAACAGCAUCAUUGGUCAGAGAGUGCGGGAUCAAGUCAAGGCGCAUAAAGGCCCUGACUACCGCCUCAGCCUUCCGACCCUCGACGAGUAUGUGUCCAUGACACCACGUCUAGUCACACCAAUCUACUCCGCAGAUGCCAACCUGAUCGUCUCCCUCCUCGAUAUCCAUGUCACGCCUCCCGCAGAAGGAACGCAGGAAGGACAACCGCUGGAAAUCCUCGAGUCGGGAACCGGCCAUGGCUCCCUGACUCUCCACCUCGCGCGCGCAAUCCAAGCCGCCAACUCCACCCCACCUCCCCUACCGCAGUCAUCGCAGAUCCAAUACCUCCAGGGUCGACCGAUACGGCCCGGGACGGACGCGGACAAGACCGGAUCCAAGCCCACCAGCACGGAUGAACAACCAGCAGAACCCAUCUCAGCCGAAACACAAGCCCAGCAACAAUGGGACGCCUGGCGCGCCCAACGCCGCGCCGUCAUCCACACCGUCGACGUAUCGCCCAAAUUCUCCGCCCACGCCGAGAAGAUCGUCCGCGGGUUCCGCCGCGGCAUCUAUGCCGGAAACGUCGACUUCUACGUCGGCCACGUCGAGAACUGGAUCACCGAGCAGAAGAAGCAGCGCGCAGCCCCGACCUCGCUCUUCUCCGGCAGCGGAAAGGUCGACCCUUUCCUCUCCUACGCCAUCCUCGACAUGCCCUCCGCACACCUACGCAUCCCCCACGUCGCUCCCAUCCUGAAACGCGACGGCCUCCUCACCGUCUUCAUGCCAAGCGUGACCCAGGUCGGCGACUGCGUGGAGCUCAUCCGCCGCGAGAGCCUGCCGUUCAUCCUCGAGAAGGUCGUGGAGCUCGGCUCCGGCAUCAGCAGCGGCCGACUGUGGGAUGUGCGACUCGCUGUGAAGAAGUCGCGUGCCGAUCCGUCCUCGUGGACCGAGUCUGCGGACUCGGUGGACGCGGAUCGGGACGUCGUCUCUGAAACGGACGUGGAGAGCGCCCCCGCCGCUCCUGCUCCGGAGGAGGGUUCCAAGGAGGAAGACAGCGUGCUUGUCUGCAGGCCCAAGGUUGGCACGAGGAUCGUGGGUGGAGGCUUUAUUGGUGUUUGGAGGCGGAUUGAGGAUGCGCCGAUGCAGUGA